UAGUAUUCAUGUAAAUAUUAGUGAUCCCUUCGAGGAAUAAGGGUUUCGCUUACUAGAACCAAAUUUGAUUUAACAGUUAAAAUUGAUAUUUAUUGAAGCAGAAAUGGCAGGGACGACGACAUCAUCAGGGGAAUGCCUUCAUAUGCCGGAAGAGGCGGUGGUGGAAAUCAUGUCACGGCUGCCUCCCGAGUCACUGGUUCGAUCAAAGCGUGUCAGUAAAUCUUGGUACGCUCUCAUCAAAUCUCUCAUCGUUGAUUCAGCAUUUGUGGCUAAACAUCUCCACAAUACGAAAAACAACACGUCGUCUGUCGCAUCUUUCAUUUAUCAGAGUCCAUGCCCCUGUGAAGAUGUGGACGAUCAAGAGCUUGUUAGACAUUCACUGUCUUGUCCUUUCAUUGCCCCCAAGGUUUUCCACUUAUCCCAUUUGGAUGAUGGUGAGAUUGACCUCAUUCAUCAUGUUAGUGAAGAUUUACCACGAAUCCCAUGUGAAAGGGAUGUCACUGAUAGGCUGGAAAAUCAUUGUAAUGGAGUUGUUGUCCUGACUAGAUUCGAGUCUGGUACUUCUAGAGGUUGCAUAGUUUUGUGCAAUCCAGCAAUCAUGGAGUUCAGAAUUCUUCCGGAUUCGGUACUUUUCGAUGAUUUUGGUAUCAUAGGAGCUGGAUUUGGCUAUGAUUCUAGAGCUAAUGACUACAAGAUUGUCCGGCUUGGGGUUGAUUGGUUGUCGAACAAUAGCAAAGCUGUUGUUUACAGUUUGGCCACUAAUUUAUGGAAGGAGAUCAAGUUUGAUUGGAGUGAGAUGAAUUUUGAUUUGGACAUUAAUGACAUUGUGAUUAACAGUACAGGUGUAUUCUGCAAAGGAGUUAUUUAUUGGCAUUUAUGCAUUCACAAGGUACUUUCUGUCGACGAAUUACUUUCCUCUGACGAGAAACUUCAUGACAAGUUACUUUCUUUUGAUGUUUCUGAUGAGAUAUUUAAUGGCUUGCCAUUGCCGGACAAUCUUCAAUCCGUAGAGCCUACAUGGGAUCCAAAAUGGAAUACACUUUCAGUGUGGAAUGAAUCUCUUGCUUUGUUUCGAUAUUCCAGUGAAAGAGAGGGUGAAAUAUUGGUUGAAGUAUGGGUGAUGAUGGAUGACUGCUUGGUUGGUUCUUGGAUCAAACAACUAGUUGUUGGACCCCUUGUGGGAAUUCAAGCUGCAUUGACAUUCUCCUGCAAGGGUGAUGAACUCCUCUUCCAAGGCGAGGACCGGCGUUUGGUGUCUUACAAUGUUCGUCGCCAAAAGCUAAGGAAUCUUUCCUCUCACGGUGUAGGUAAGAAACAUGGUGUGGCUGAAGAGUGUGUAUUUCCCUAUGUAAAGAGUUUGAACUCAGUGAAAGGAAGGAGCCAAUAGGAGAAUAAUCAGAACAAUAGGGCAAUUUGGCUGGAGAGGAAUAGUAGAAUCUUUGAAGACGUCUCUUCUGCAGUGGAUAGCCUUUGGGAUAAAAUCAAGUUCUGGGUGGCAACUUGGGUGUAUAGAUCGACAGACUUUGAGGGCUUGUCUUUUUUGGAUCUUUGUAGGGAGUGGAGUAGUUUAUGGGCGCAUUAGCUUUUGUUGAGUUUGAGUCCUUGGGCGUCGUUUUGGCAUUGAGUGUUUAUUUUGUUUUUUUUUUUUUGUUGUUGUUGUUACCACGGUAUUCCUCCGCCAUAAGUGAGGUCCUCAAUUUAUUUGAGAGGAGGUCAAAUGAUUGACCUCUGUAUCUUUUUCCAAAAAAAAAAUAGGAGAAUAAUCAGAACAGAUCAUGUGAAAAAAACAUAAAAGUGUCUUUCUUUUGUUUGAUCUUCUUAAGAAAUGGCAUUGUGUUUUCUCUUGUUGUUGUUGUCUGAUAAAAUUUUCAAAAUUAUCUUCGACUGGUAUGUGUAGUGUAGUAAUUUAGCAAUUGGUUUUAUUAGUUGCCAGAGAUUGUCAAGAUCAUAUAUUUUUAUGAUUACCUUUGCCUUUGGAUGAGAAAAUGGAAAGUAAGUUGUGGUGGAGGUUGAUUUGGAUUUCAAGGAAUAGAUACAGAUGUAUAUAAUUUAGUAUAAUCUAUGCAAAAUAUAUGUGUGUGUGUGUGUUUUAGUUACUAGAUAUACAUUGGAUAUGUAGGCGCGUCUGUAUUCCAAAUUUGUUUUGAAGGUAGUGAA